UUUUGAUUAAAUGGUACAUUCGUUGUGGUAGACUGAGGCUUGGUACGUAGAGCGAUAGCUGCGCUUCAACGGAAAUCGAUUCGGUAGCAAACUCUAUAAGAGGCAGCUUCGAUUGGUCGGAGCUGGCCAAACUGUCUGUUUCGUCAAGAUGUUGGACACCAUGUGGCCGUCGUUGCCGUUGCUGCUGCUGCUGAUUCAAAGAGGGCAACAGCUCCAGGCCUUCGACUACUGCGAUCCGACCCUGUGUCCCGGUCCCGAGAAGCACAUAGCCUGCAAUAACUUUGGUAGGCUGGCGGAUAGCUGCAGUCCGGAUGCGCACUUGGUGCGGAUAACUAAGGCCCGUCGCACCAUGAUCCUUAAUGAGCUGAACGAGUACCGGGAUAAGGUUGCUGGAGGCUAUAUCUUGGGCUUCAGUCCGGCCACCCGAAUGGCCACGCUGCAAUGGGACCAGGAGCUGGCCAGUUUUGCUGAACUGAACGUUAAGCGCUGCACCCUGGCCAAUGAUCAUUGCCGGAACAGCGAGCAGUUUCGCAACGUGGCCCAGGUGGUAGCCGAAGGCGGCUGGGUCCGGGAUCCGAUCAAAGAGCCUAGAGGUCCUGUGAGCAACCAUCCCGAGGAUGAAGUGAUCAAGGCAACGCUGGAUCAGAUGUUUGCCGAGUACAAGGAGUGCAGCAUGCGUGAUAUCUUGGCCUUCAGCCCGCCCGGCAACAGUCGGUGUAUUGCCUACUUCACCCAGCUCGUCCGGGACAGCACCACCCAUGUGGGCUGCGGCAUUCUCCGGCAGACAAGCAACACCACCAAGGGGGAUGGUCAGUGGGUGCUCAAUAUCCACCAGUACAUGACGUGUAACUUUAACCGGGCGGACGAGGUCAGCCCCGUCUACCAGAGCGGCGACCGACCGGCCACCGAUUGCCGCAGCGGACCCAAUCCCGUCUUCAUCAACCUGUGCUCCGUCAAUGAGAAAUAUGCCAGUGGCAGCCCACAGGGGUAUUUCUGAGCUCAGGCGGGAGUGGGAGCGGAUUCAGAGCAGGUUUAUCCUGCAGUGUUACAG